AUGUCCUCUUUCAGCUCCGCGCCGCCCGGCGAUGCGCCCCAAGAGCAGGGCAGCCGCCAGGCCUCGCUCUCGGCCAGCUCGCAGGCCUCGUCGUCCGAUCUUCGUCGCACCUCGCGCCUCUCGAGCACCGCCGGCAUCUUUGAUCUCGACGACGAGACGAUCGACCACACCACGCGCAGACAGAGCAAUCCACGCGUGUCCUCCCUCGGCAGCUCAUCCCACCAUGGCUCCAUGGCCGAACGCGGCAGCCGCGAUCUGUUUGACGUGCUCGAGGAAGACGCCAAUCCACCCUCCGCCUCGGCCGCACCUACUUCCGAUCCAUCAUCCAGCGCAGCUCCAGCACCUACAACCAGAAGCUCCAGACGCAGUGAUGGUGACAGCUUCGGUAAGUGCGCCCCCGCCAGCUUCGCCGCGUGA